GAACUCUGUAGACACUAACCUUCUCUUCACAAAGAAUAAAACUCACGAGGACGAGAUGUUAACUGAAGUGAUACUUGGAGUGCUGCUGGUCAUCCUGCUGUGGAAAGUGUGCCUCAAGAAGCCAGCGGGUUUGCCUCCUGGUCGCUGGGGUUUACCUUUGAUCGGAUACAUUCCCUUAACGAAAAAGUCGAUGGAGGAACAGCUUGUGGAUCUGAACAAGGAACACGGCGAUAUCUACAUAUGGAGAAUAGGAACACAGGUGAUGGUAUUCCUCCACAGCUACGAGAUGUGUAAAGAGGCGUUCGCGAGACAAGAGUUCACAAAUCGACCAGAUUGGUCUCUCUUCAACUCCAAUGAGAAAGUGGCAUUAGGAGUGGUAGGCAGCAACGGCAUACAUUGGCACACGAACCGACGCUUCACCCUUCGCCAGCUGAAGGACCAGGGAAUGGGGAAGUCCAUGCUGGUGUCAGGGAUCCACGAGCAAGCGGAGAUGCUGAUUGGCAAGCUGCGGGAACAGGCUGGGAAGCAGAAGCCUGUGCCGUAUGCCAUCAGGGUCGCUGUUGUGAAUGUGAUCUGGCACAUGGUCGCCGGAAAAACCUAUGACGUGGACGACCCGAAGCUUAAGGAAUUCGUAGAGCUGAUGGACGAAUUCAACGACUAUUCCCAGUACAACGCUAUCCUCGACCUCUUCCCUUGGCUGAAGAUCAUCCCGGACUUUAUAAAGAACCGGCUGUUCUCCUUGGAUAAAAUGAACAGCGCCGACAAGAAGUUCAUGGAUUAUUUCUAUGAAGUUAUCGAAGAGCACAAGACCUCCUUGGACCCCGAUAACCCACGAGACCUCAUAGACGGUUACCUGCUGGAGAUGCAGGGGGCCGAGCAGGAGGAGGUCGUGCGCAGCGAGAAGGACCUGGCUCUCCUGAUCUUCGACCUGUUCUUCGCUGGGAGUGAGACGACGUCCAGUACCCUCACUUUCGCCAUGUAUUACCUCGCCGCUUUUCCGGAGGUUCAGCGGAAACUGCAGGAGGAAAUCGACCGUGUUCUCCCCGACGGCGACCUGCCCACGCUGGAGGAUAGAGCGAGACUUCCAUAUCUGGAGGGCGUUAUUCACGAAGUCCUCCGUAUGUCGUCGCUCAUACCUGGCGGAGUUCAACAUUGCGCCACCAGAGAUACGCAUUUUGCAGGAUAUACGAUUCCUAAGGGCUCGAUCAUCAACUCCGCAGCUGCAUCUAUCCACUUCGAUUCGAGAUACUGGGACCAGCCUGAGAAGUUUUUGCCUGAGCGUUGGCUAGACAAGGAUGGGAAAUUCUGCACCAAGAGAGAGGGCUUCCUUCCCUUCGGCGUUGGUAAACGCGUCUGCCUGGGAGAGUCCUUGGCACGUAUGGAGACCCUCAUUUUCUUCGCGGCCGUGUUCAAGAAUUUCACCAUUUCGUCGCCUCCAGGAAUUCUUUUGGAUAUCACGCCCAAUCCGAACCAGCCAAUGUUCCACAUCCCGAGGAAGCAAGACAUUUACAUAACUGAAAGAAAGUGA